AUGUCGUCCUUGAUGAUUUGUCCUAACGAGCUCUUGGAAGCCAUCGCCAUCUACUUACCGCUCAACGACCUGCUUGCCCUCCGUGCUACAUGUCCACGUAUAGAGGAAAGUAUACGCAGUCUCAUCAGGCGCAAGCAUUUUACCGUGCACGAAGUGGCUUUCUCAGAAGCAGGUCUCGUUCGUCUUCUACGCAGAACGCAGUGCCAACGGUUUCUCAAAGGAACACAAGCGAUGACCAUCAGAUUCCAACAGGCACCGCUUUUUUAUUUGGACGAACUCAAGUCGUCGGUGUUGAAACGCCUCUAUCAAGCUUUUCUCGCAUCCCCCUGGCGCGAGAGCGGGCCGCUGCCGGCGAUGGUCGUGCGCAGAGUCGAGCAGUGGGAACUCUACACAGGUUUCUUCAAGGCACAACGACGCUUUCUUGAAGAGAACACCGAUCUGCGCCUCCUGGGAGACAUCAUGAGCAACAUCGGUGAUGGAGUUGCGACUGUGAAUGUCGAGUAUGAGGAGGCCACCGAGUUUGCCCCAAUCAUGUGUGGAGACGAGCUUUACGAACUCUUUGCUGCCAUAAACGCAAUCGAUAUGCCGAGGGUCUCGCAAUCUACACGCCUAUGCGACAUGGUCCAGAAGGCCGGCAACGCGGUGGGAUUGGUACGGAUAAAUUAG